GAGACGAACGUCGAACGAGCGAACGAAUACUGUGUAGAAGAAGAACGGAGGAGGCACACCCUCACAACCGUCACCACAAACCCACCGAACUUGGUACGCGAUGGUCCGGCCCAGCGACGCGCACUACGCCGAUCCCCUCCUCACCAAUUCCAAACACGACCACGACCACGACCACGACUACGACGAAGCCAACGAUCGCCACCGCCCCUCCUCCCGCAGCUCCAGCCGCGACGCGAGCCCGCUCCCCACCUCCAAACCAACCCCCUACCCACGCCUCACACCUUCCUUCGCCUCCGCCCCAACCGACCUCCUCUCCCCCCACCACCACCACCCGAACCACACGCGACCAAGCCUCGCGCGCCGCACCACCGCCACCAGCACAACAACCACCAUGCGCUCGCGCAGCCCGACCUACGCGACCGCCGCCGCGGCGCGCGCGGAAGCGCAGCGCAAGUACACGUUCGCGGCCUUCUUCCUCGUCGUGUCGCUCGUCUCCUUCACGGCCCAGACCAUCCUGGCUUCGCACAUCCAGCACGACCGCGGCUGGGACAAGGCCUACUGCAUGCUCUACCUGACGCACGGCUCGUGGGCGCUGCUGUGGCCGCUGCAGCUGUUGAUCCUGCGGGCGCAGCGUCGGGAGAUGCCCUGGAGCCGGUUUUGGGGCGGGCAUUGGCGGACGGUGCGGGGGAUUGCGCUGGUGGUGGAGACGCGGGAUGUGAAGGCGGGCGUGCAUGCUGUGCAGCAUGGGGGUGGGUUGUUGGAGUAUGGGCAUUCGCCGUGGCCGUAUUUGGGGAAGGCGACGGCCGUGAUUACGUCGGCGCUGACGGUGGCGGGGUUGAGUUGGUAUUUGGCGGUGAGCAUGACGACGCCGAGCGAUUUGACCGCGAUUUAUAACUGCAGCGCUUUCUUUGCGUAUGCGUUUUCGGUGCCGUUGCUGAAGGAGAGGCUGCGCGUGGAUAAGAUGCUGGCGGUUGCGGUGGCCAUCGUGGGCGUGUUGGUGGUUGCGUAUGGGGAUGGAGGUGACGGGUCGUCCGAGGAGUCGUCGGCCGCGCCGGGUGCUGGUGGGGAUGCGGUGGACCCUGGGACGAGGUUCGCCGGGAACAUGAUCAUUGGUGUUGGGUCCGUGUUGUACGGACUGUACGAGGUGUUGUACAAGCGGUUUGCGUGCCCGCCCGACGGGAUGGACGCCACGAAGGGGGUCAUCUUCGCGAAUACCUUUGGCAGCUUGAUGGGGGCCUUCACGCUGCUCGUACUAUGGAUCCCGCUGCCCAUCUUGCACGUGAUGGGGUGGGAGACGUUCGAGGUGCCGACGGGCGAGACGGCCUGGCUGCUGUUCAUCAGCGUCAUCAUGAACAUGUUGUUCUCGGGGUCGUUCCUCGUGCUCAUCUCGCUGACCAGCCCGGUGCUCAGCUCGGUGGCGUCGCUAUUGACCAUUUUUAUGGUUGCCAUUGUCGACUGGUUCAUGACGGGCACGCCGUUGAGCGGAGCAGCCAUGUUUGGCGGGCUGCUGAUCGUGAUAGCGUUUGUUAUGCUCAGUUGGAGCACCUGGCGCGAGAUGAACGAGGAGGAGCGGAGGAAACAGGUCGACUUGAGCGGUGACGAGAGCGAUUAGUGGCUGGUGAGAGGCCGACGGGUCUGGUGCGGGGUGGUCUUCUCCGACGUUGCUGCGCCGGUAUAUGAUGUUUGGGAGGGGAAUGCUUAGAACGGGUGGUUUGGUUUUGCCUAGAAUCCAGGAACCUAUAGAGACGGGUCAGUCCAGUUGAUAGGAUAUAGAAGACGGAGGACGGGCGGCGAGAUCUUAGGUACACGGCGAUAAUGUUGGUUGGGGAUGUUUUUGAUACCCGUCGAAUGGUUGUGCUACAGUUGGACAAUGUUACUGUAUGUCUCUGGGAUGUGAUAGACAUAUCCUAUCA